CGGGACGCUCGGAGCCGCCCCGAACUGCGCAGGGCGGCCUGGGUGCUGGGGAUUGAACCCAGGGCCUCGUGCUUACAAGGAGUCACACCCAUGGGUUUAUGUAUUAAAUGAUCUUGGCACAGAAGAGAAAGAACGAUGGCCUCAUUCCAGCGUUCCAAUAGUCACGAUAAAGUAAGGAGAAUAGUUGCAGAGGAGGGUCGUACAGCAAGAAACCUAAUAGCUUGGAGCGUUCCACUGGAAAACAAAGAUGAUGAUGGAAAACCCAAGUGUCAAACUGGUGGAAAAUCUAAGAGGACAAUUCAAGGCACUCAUAAAACUACUAAGCAGAAUACUGCAGUAGACUGUAAGAUAACAUCUGCAGCUGGAGAUAAACACUUUGAUAAAAGUCCUACUAAAACAAGGCACCCUCGGAAAAUUGAUCUGAGAGCUCGGUACUGGGCAUUUCUUUUUGAUAAUCUUCGCCGGGCGGUAGAUGAGAUAUAUGUAACUUGUGAAUCAGACCAGAGUGUGGUGGAAUGUAAGGAGGUGUUAAUGAUGCUGGAUAAUUAUGUGAGAGAUUUCAAAGCAUUGAUUGAUUGGAUUCAACUUCAAGAAAAACUAGAGAAGACUGAUGCUCAAAGCAGACCAACAUCCCUGGCAUGGGAAGUAAAGAAGAUGUCUCCAGGACGUCAUGUGAUUCCAAGUCCAUCAACAGAUAGAAUAAGUGUAACAUCAAACGCUCGAAGAAGCUUAAAUUUUGGGGGUUCUCCUGGCACAGUAGCUUCUCCACGUGUGGCUCCCACAGGUGUCAGUUGGGCUGACAAAGUAAAGGCUCAUCAUACAGUUUCUACCAAUUCUUCAGAUGUAGCACCUGCUCAGCCUUGCCCACCAAUGGCAGUGCAGAAGACUUCCCGCAAAAAUGAACGGAAAGAUGCCGAAGGAUGGGAGACUGUUCAGAGAGGAAGACCUGUUCGUUCACGAUCAACAGCAGUGAUGCCAAAAGUUUCAUUAAUAACAGAACUAAUAAGGUCAAAGGAUGACAGUGAUAAGGAAAAUGUAUGUAUUUUACCUGAGGAAAGUAUACAGAAAGGUGAAUUUAUUGGAGAUGGACCUUCUAAUACUAUAGAAUCUCGGCCCAAAGACUCACUGCAGUCUUCUGACCAUCCCCUUACUGAAAGAACCCAGUUCACAGUGAGUACAUUGGAUGUCAAGAAUUCUGGCAGUAGUCAAGACAGUUCUGUGCAAACUUCUGAAAUACCUGCUGUUCACAUUGAUACAGAGCAUGUUUUAGAAUCUCAGCAAGUUGACAUACCUCCUUUGCAAACAAAUGAAGAUAAAUUUCCAGCAGAGAAAGCAAGGAUAGAAAGUGAAAUGGACCCUUCAGAUAUUUCAAAUGUGAGUGCUGCUCACUUGUCCAUGGCAGAAGUCCUUGCGAAAAAAGAAGAGCUAGCAGAUCGUCUAGAAAAGGCCAAUGAAGAAGCCAUUGCUAGUGCUAUUGCUGAAGAAGAACAGUUAACUAGAGAAAUUGAAGCUGAAGAAAAUAAUGAUAUUAACAUUGAAACUGACAAUGACAGUGAUUUUUCUGCCAGCAUGGGCAGUGGGAGUGUAUCUUUCUGUGGUAUGUCUAUGGACUGGAAUGAUGUUCUUGCAGAUUACGAAGCUCGUGAAUCUUGGCGCCAAAAUACAUCCUGGGGGGAUAUUGUAGAAGAGGAACCUGCUAGACCUCCAGGGCAUGGGAUUCACAUGCACGAAAAACUUUCCUCACCAUCUCGUAAAAGAACAAUUGCAGAAUCUAAGAAGAAACACGAAGAGAAGCAAAUGAAAGCACAGCAGCUAAGGGAAAAGUUGCGUGAAGAAAAAACAUUAAAGCUUCAGAAAUUAUUAGAAAGGGAGAAGGAUGUCCGAAAGUGGAAGGAAGAAUUACUAGAUCAACGGCGUAGAAUGAUGGAAGAAAAAUUACUUCAUGCUGAAUUUAAGCGAGAGGUGCAAUUACAAGCAAUUGUGAAAAAAGCACAAGAGGAGGAAGCUAAGGUAAAUGAAAUUGCCUUUAUAAAUACACUUGAAGCCCAGAAUAAGCGCCAUGAUGUUUUAUCGAAAUUAAAAGAAUAUGAGCAGAGGCUUAAUGAGUUACAGGAAGAGCGUCAGAGAAGACAGGAAGAAAAGCAAGCACGUGAUGAAGCUGUGCAGGAACGCAAGAGAGCUCUAGAGGCAGAACGGCAGGCUCGUGUAGAAGAACUAUUGAUGAAGAGGAAAGAACAAGAAGCCCGAAUUGAACAACAGAGGCAAGAAAAGGAAAAAGCCCGUGAAGAUGCAGCCAGGGAAAGAGCUAGAGACAGGGAAGAACGAUUGGCGGCACUCACAGCUGCUCAGCAAGAGGCUAUGGAAGAGUUACAGAAAAAAAUUCAGCUCAAACAUGAUGAAAGCAUUCGGAGGCACAUGGAACAAAUUGAACAAAGGAAAGAAAAAGCUGCUGAGUUAAGUAGUGGGCGACAUGCAAAUACUGAUUAUGCCCCAAAACUUACUCCUUAUGAACGAAAGAAGCAGUGUUCUCUCUGCAAUGUCCUGAUCUCUUCAGAGGUAUAUCUUUUUAGCCACAUUAAAGGCAAAAAACAUCAGCAAGCUGUGAGAGAGAAUAGCAGCAUCCAAGGGCGUGAACUUUCAGAUGAAGAAGUGGAGCAUCUUUCCUUGAAAAAGUAUAUCGUUGAUGUUGUGGUUGAAAGUACAGCUCCACCAGAGCCUUUGAAAGAUGGAAGAGGCAAAAAAUAAAAAAAAGCCAAAAAGAUAAAAGCACGGAUGAACUCCAGAUCCAAAGAAUAUGAGAGUUUAAUGGACAAAAAUUCUGGGUCUGAGUCACCCUAUAAAGCAAAGCUUCAGCGAUUAGCCAAAGAUCUUCUAAAACAACUGCAAGUUCAAGACAGUGGCUCAUGGGCAAACAAUAAGGUUUCUGCUUUGGAUCGGACACUUGGGGAGAUCGCUAGAAUAUUGGAAAAAGAGAAUGUGGCAGAUCAGAUUGCAUUUCAAGUUGCUGGUGGAUUAACAGCCCUUGAACACAUCCUUCAAGUAGUGGUACCAGCCACAAAUGUGAACACAGUUUCACGAAUUCCUCCUAAGUCUCUCUGCAAUGCAAUCAAUGUUUACAACCUCACCUGCAAAAACUGUUCAGAAAACUGCACCGAUGUUCUGUUUAGUAACAAGAUUACCUUCUUAAUGGACCUCCUGAUACACCAGUUGAUGGUUUAUGUCCCAGAUGAAAAUAAUGCUAUUUUGGGAAGAAAUACAAAUAAACUUUUUGAAGGCUUGACAACUGGACUUCUCAAAGUCACUGCUGUGGUUUUUGGCUGCCUGAUUGCCAAUCGACCAGAUGGAAACAGCCGUCCAGCCACACCAAAAAUAUCAACACAGGAAAUGAAAAACAAAUCCUCACAAGGUGAUGCUUUUAACAGUCGAGUUCAAGACCUUAUCAGCUAUGUGGUAAACAUGGGUCUGAUUGACAAAUUGUGUGGCUGCUUCCUCUCCGUGCAAGGCCCAGUAGAUGAAAAUCCCAAGAUGGCCACAUUUCUACAGCAUGCUGCAGGACUCUUACAUGGAAUAUGUACACUAUGUUUUGCUGUCACAGGAAGGUCAUACAGCAUAUUUGACAAUAAUCGCCAGGAUCCCACGGGGUUGACAGCUGCUCUUCAGGCCACAGACCUAGCUGGAGUUCUGCACAUGCUCUACUGUGUUCUCUUCCAUGGCACCAUCUCAGACCCCAGCACUACCAGUCCCAAGGAGAGUUACACCCAGAACACCAUCCAAGUGGCCAUUCAGAGUUUACGUUUCUUCAACAGCUUUGCGGCUCUUGAUCUUCCCGCUUUUCAGUCUAUUGUAGGCGCAGAGGGCUUGUCCCUUGCAUUCCGACACAUGGCCAGCUCCCUGCUGGGCCACUGCAGUCAAGUCUCCUGUGAAAGCCUCCUCCAUGAGGUCAUCGUCUGUGUGGGCUACUUCACUGUCAACCAUCCUUUGUCACAGGUAAUCGUGCAGUCGGGCCGCCAUCCCACGGUGCUGCAGAAGCUCUGCCAGUUGCCCUUCCAAUAUUUCAGUGACCCACGGCUGAUCAAAGUGCUGUUCCCUUCACUCAUUGCUGCUUGUUACAACAACCUUCAGAACAAGAUCAUUCUGGAGCAAGAAAUGAGCUGUGUUUUACUGGCCACGUUCAUUCAGGAUUUUGCACAGGCUCCAGGUCAGGCAGAUAACCAGUGUUACCAGCCCAAAGGAAAAUGCCUUGGUUCCGAAGACUAUCUUGAACUGGCUAACAGAUUUCCUCAGCAGGCCUGGGAAGAAGCUCGACAGUUUUUCUUGAAAAAAGAGAAAAAAUAAAUGUUUUGUUUGGUUCUGUGUUUGAGUACCUUGUUAAUAUUUUAAAUUGUUCAAACAAACGUUCUAACUGUUCCUUAAGAAACUUCUUCUCAUGUGUUUAUACUCUCCCCCUACAGUGUAGAUAUGGUAUAUACUUUGCACUAUUUAUAAUGACUGUAGAUACUUUAAUAUUCUUCCUAAUUUUGCAAGUUUAUUUCACUUAUACACAAUAUUUUGGAGUGUGUUUAACUUCCAUCCUAUGAUAAUACAUAAUUUGCAUUUGUAAUAUGGGCAAAAAUUAGAUACAAAAUUAGUAAGUCAGUUUUGUCCUUGUAAUAAAAUAACUUAUUCUGUUUCAGUGUUGACUUUUUGUGUUAAAGAAGUACACAUUUGAAAUAAAAGUGUUAAUUCCAACUCCUAAGUUAUCUUAAUUAAAGAUUUAAUUAAAGUUUGCCAGCUCUAAAUUUUCCUUUUUAAGGUUCAGAGCAAAGACGUUUACAACUUUUGCAUUCUAACUGCACACUCGCUUGGGGGUAUUGGAAGUGAAUUCGGAGCGUUGUAUUCCUUGGUCUGCCUGAGCUUUUCUAGCAGAAAAUGAGGAGGAUCUCGGUUAGUAUUGCGGAACUGAAAUUCUCCAGAAUAAAAUCCGAAAGCAUCAAUCUCCCUUGAGUAUUUCCUCAAAUAACUGUGAAAUGAAGCCACACCGAAGUAGAAGUAAAACAGAGGGUCACAAUGACAAUAAUACUGUGCCCCGCUCACAGCUGGACUUGAGAAGUGCCUGGCUGGGAGAUGUUGACCUUUUCCCUAUCGCUUCUCAUCAUUUCUCCACCUUAAGUCGACGGUCAGUGCUAAGCCCUCACUGAGUGACAUGAG